UUCAAUGUAAGAAGCCACAUUAUACAGAUGGAGAAUAUUGCAGAAAUCUUGCACUUUUCUGCAUUUUAAUAUUCCUCCUAAACCGGAAAUGUUGGAAACAAGUUUCUGCGUGCGCAGUUUGCAUUGAUCAUCUGUACAGACACAGAUAAAAUAUCCAAGAUUUUAGUCUCCGAAUAUUAUCCAGAAAAUACACAAAUUUUCCUAUUUUUUAGUCACAACUGGAUGUAGUAGAGUUUUUACCAUCUGGCAUGUGCCAGAUUGAGGGUCAAGCCUAUGGCAGACCAACCUGAGUUCCAGUCUGGGGGGUCACAUAGAAGAAGACACCAUUCUGGGGCAGAUUCAAAAGUUGAAGUAGGCCAAACCAAUAACAUUUCACAGUCUGUUUUAAUCAAGAAGAAGAAAUCAAAGAAGCGAUUUGCACCAAGUUCACAGGAAGGUCCAACUACCAGUAAACAAAGUAAAUUGUCAGGAACAGGUUUGAAACCAUCAAAGAAAGAGAAAUUAAGAAAUAAAAAAGAGAAAAUUAGGAAGAAGAAAAAUAAAAAAUCUAAAUUACAAGCUGUAGCUGUGAACGCUGAAACCAUAGACACAAAACAAACAGAGGAAAAAGACUCUGAUACUAAUAAAUAUACAAUUUCCAAAAAUCUAAGAUCAAACUUAGAGGCAGAAGUAGUUCCAGGGAUACCUUAUUAUCCAGAAAGGUCAAGGUCAGUGUCUGGAACUAGAAGUCGGGACAGGAAAAGCAGUUUCAAUAGUUUAGAGGAUAUUAAAAUAAAAGUUGUUGGGAAAAGUGUAGACACAAGCCAAGGAACUCAAGACAUUCAGGUGGAUAUUGCUCAUACUAGUGUUCAAAACCCACAAAGUACUCAUCCUUCAAAGAAAUCUAGAAGUGACAAGAAGAAGAGGAAAAGCAAGGAAAGACGCUCUAGUAGUACUAGUUCUAAAUCCUUGUCGCCGGAGCUUGAUAGCUUACGGCGCACUCGAAGAAGCAAAACGGGAUCGUGUGCUAGUAGCAGUGGUAGGCGUUCCGCUUCAUCAUCAAAGCGUCCUGCUGGUAGCAGCAGUCUCCUAAAUACAGCAGGUGGGAGUGAGAGCGGGACAUCCAGAGGGGGAGCCAAACCACAAAACAGCAGUAGCCUGAUGUCAGGACAAGAAGAUAAUACUGAUAAUGGAGGAGGUAGACCUCGGGAAGAAGGUGGCAGUCAGCCAUCUCUGACAGCAUCAAAUGCUGCCGGGGCUACAGCUAUGACUUCCGAGAGUGAGACAGAAGAAGGAGAUAUGGGAAGAUUGCAAGCAUUAUUAGAAGCUAGAGGAUUGUCAUCAACUUUAUUCAACACACUAGGACCCAGAAUGCAUCAGAUUUUACACAGAACUAUGGGAGGAGGAGCAAUGAGUAAAGCCCAGCAAUUAUUGCAAGGUUUACAAGCAACAGGGAAUGAGGACCAACAACUGUCUGCAGCUAUUGAAAUGUGUCAGUUGUUGGUUAUGGGAAAUGAAGAUACAUUGGCAGGAUUCCCAGUAAAACAAGCAGUACCAGCACUGAUUACACUGUUACAAAUGGAACAUAAUUUUGAUAUUAUGAACCAUGCUUGUCGAGCCUUGACCUACAUGAUGGAAGCUCUACCCAGGUCAUCAGCUGUUGUUGUUGAUGCUGUGCCUGUAUUCCUUGAGAAACUAAGAGCAAUACAGUGUAUGGAUGUUGCUGAGCAGUCCUUAACAGCAUUAGAAAUGUUAUCAAGAAGACACAGUAAAGCAAUAUUACAAGCUGGAGGUAUUUCAGCAUGUCUGAUGUUUCUGGACUUCUUUAGUAUUACAGCACAGAGAAGUGCUCUAGCAGUGACGGCCAACUGUGUACAGAAUCUUACAGCAGAAGAGUUCCACUUUGUCAGAGAAUCUCUACCAUUACUCAGUUCGAAACUCACCCAUCAGGAUAAGAAGUCUGUGGAGAGUUGCUGUUUAUGUUUCUCUCGAUUGGUUGAUAAUUUUAGCAGUGAUCAGAGAGUACUGAAGGAAAUGUCAGCUCAUGGAUUGUUAACUAAUAUUCAACAGCUCUUGGUUGUGAGCCCACCUGUCAUAAGUACUGGUAUCUUUGUUAUGGUGAUCAGAAUGUUAGCAAUAAUGUGUGCUAGUUGUCCUGAUCUAGCCGUUGUUCUUCUCAAACAGAAAAUAGCUGAUACCUUAUGCUACCUUUUGGUCGGAACUUCUGAACAGACUGAAAAUGUUGUUGAGUUGGUAUCUAGGACACCACAGGAGCUGUAUGAGAUUGUUUGUCUUAUUGGGGAAUUAAUGCCCAAGUUACCAACUGAUGGUAUAUUUUCCAUUGAUCAAAUGUUACGUAAAGGAUCCUUUACUCAAACCGAGGCAGUCAUGUGGCAAUGGAGGGAUGAUAGGAGUAUCUGGCAUCAUUAUACAGCAAUAGAUAGUAAAAUUGUAGAGGCAGCAUAUCAAGCUGGAGAAGAUGAAGUUAGUUUAUCUACUAUGGGCAGGUCAUAUACAAUAGACUUUAAUUCCUUGCAACAGAUUAAUGAAGACACAGGCACAGCUCGACCUGUACAGAGGAAGCUUAAUUCAUUUGGUGUCCCACAGCCUACAGGUUCCUCAACCACUACAACGCCAUCAUCAUCAUCCACUACAACCACAGAUCCACUGGUAGACAGAUGUGAUUCUAGAGCUGAAAUUCUAAAGGAGGACAUGGAAUUAGCCUCAGCCUUCAUACAAACUCUCUUCUCUGUCUUGUAUGAAGUCUAUAGUUCAUCUGCUGGUCCUACAGUACGACACAAGUGCCUACAGACAUUAUUACGAAUGAUAUUCUAUGCUGGAGCAGACCUGUUGAGAAGUAUUUUACAAACACAGCCUGUCUCCAGCCACAUUGCUGCCAUGAUGGCAUCUAAUGACUUAAAAGUUGUUGUAGCUGCUGUUCAGAUGGCAGAAAUACUGAUGCAAAAAUUACCAGAUGUUUUCUCCAUAUAUUUUAGAAGAGAAGGUGUUAUGCAUCAGAUAAAGAAGUUAACAGAAAUAGAUCCCCAGGCCCCAUCCCCUGUCAAGGCUUCGCCUUCACCAUCCACAUCCAUCCCCCCACCAACAUCUGUGUCUAGUUCGUCAGCAAGUAUCACAAGCAGUAGCACAUCAUCAGAAAGUAUUGAUAAAAAAUUAGAUGGAGCAUCAAACGUUGCUGCAUCAUCUUCUACGUCAGAGGAACACAGUUCUUCUCAAAUGAGACUAAGUGAUGUAUUAAAAAGGAAGAAACCACCAAAAAGGUCACUGGGUCGUAAAUGUAAAAAUACAGAUGAAUCUCCUACAGAUACCCCAACUAAAGGAUCUCCUGCAGUGGGAAACAGAAGUUCUAAUAGGGCAAAAUCUGCAGGGAAGGAAGGGAAAUCAAGUUCAAAGAUGUCUUUCUUACCAAGUAGUUUAAAUCCACGAACAUGGGGAAAGUUUUCUUCUUCAUCAGAUCAGCAACCCAAAUCUGGCUUGUCAAAGGUUGGUCAACCGAGACUUUUGACCAGUCUCACCAGAAGUGAUGCAUUUAGUCCUAAACCUGUGCUGAUAACCAGCCCAUGCAACAAAGAGAAAGUUAAAUCUUGGGUUAAAGAGCAAGCAUCUCGAUUUAUAGAACAGUAUUUUGGUACCGAGACCCAAGGAUCAAGUCAUCCUGCUCUCAAUAUACUCAACAGACUAUGUACUGCCACUGAACUUUUAACAGUAGAGGAUGAUUGUGGAAUAGAUUGUCUGAAAGAGAUAGCUAAUAUAAUGAAGGACAGUGAUGUGUCUCCAUUUGAAAUAAUACAUAGUGGACUAGUUCAGAAACUUUUACAGUAUUUAACUUCCACGACAGGUGAUGUACCACGAGAUGUCCGAAUCAGAAGAUUUCUACAUAUAUUCCUUAACUGCCCUCCUCCAGAUGUAUUACAUUGUAAAGAGGUACACGUAGAUUCUGAAAACCUACCAUCAAUGACUGCAUUGGUUGCCAAAUUGAUUGGUUGUUUGCACCAGUUAGAACAGUUCCAGGUCAAAGUUCAUGAUUUACCUGGUGGCAGUGCAUCCAGUGGGAGAGGUUCUAAUGCCUUGAGAUUCUUCAAUACACAUCAAUUAAAGUGCAAUCUACAAAGACACCCUGAAUGUACAACAUUGCGACAGUGGAAGGGAGGACCUGUGAAGAUUGAUCCAUUAGCCUUGGUACAGGCUAUAGAGAGAUACCUAGUAGUUAGGGGGUAUGGUCGUCCUAAACCUGAGGGUGCCGAUGAUGAUAUAAGUGAUGAUGAUAAUUCUGAUGAAGAUGUUGAUGAUACUAUGGCUGCUGUAUUUAUCAGUCAAGGCACAGCCAGACAUAAGUUAGAAUUUUACAUGGGAGAGCGUUUUCUACCUUACAACAUGACAGUGUAUCAAGCCAUUAAAAACUACAGCAAUCCUGGGGAGAAGGAUGCAAGUGAAACUGAUACAGAUUCAGAAAUUCCUCUUGGUCAUGCUGGUAUUUGGGUACAGACCCAUACAAUAUGGUACAAGCAGGCUGCUGACCAGGAUACAGUUACCAGUCCAAAGAAAACUAAAUCUGAACACCACAGUAAAUCUAAAGGGAGGAAAAAAGUGGAUGAUUUAUGGAAUGACGGUCACUGUCCUGUGAUGGUUCCUGCAUUAAAUGCUUACUUAACAGACAAACUGCCAGCCUUUGUAACAGUUAUGGAUCCUUCUCUUGAUGUUAUAGCUCUACUUAGAAUAUUACAUGCCUUCAAUAAUUAUUGGUCUACUAUGUAUGAGGUGCCAUUUUCUCACAAACCUAUUAUGUCUUUCAAUGAGUUCUUAAGUUCAAAAUUAACAGCCAAAGCUAACAGACAGCUACAAGACCCACUGGUGAUUAUGACAGGCAAUUUGCCUAACUGGUUGGCAGAGAUAGCCAAUGCAGCACCAUUCAUGUUUCCUUUUGAAACUCGUCAGUUAUUAUUUUAUGCCACAACGUUUGACAGAGAUCGAGCCCUAAUGAGACUACAAGAUAACACUGGUGACAAUAGCUCAAAUGAUAAUAAUGAGAGAGUAGCUCCCAGGCUUGAUAGAAGAAGGCGAGUUGUAAACCGGUCAGAUUUGUUAAAACAAGCAGAGAAAGUUAUUGAUGAACUGGGUAAUUCUAAAGCCUUACUGGAAAUUCAAUACGAGAACGAGGUUGGAACAGGUCUAGGACCAACUUUAGAAUUUUAUGCAUUAGUAUCAAAAGAAUUACAGAAAUCAGAAUUUGAAUUGUGGAGAGGUGAAUCUUUAGUAGAGAAAAACUCUUCAGAAAAUGAACAUGCUACAGAAUAUAGUUUCUCCAUCUGUGGACUGUUCCCAGCACCACUGGCACGCAAUGCUAAGGCUGCCAUUGUCAAUAGAAUUAAAUCUAAGUUUAAAUUCUUAGGCAAGUUUAUGGCUAAAGCAUUAAUGGACUCCAGAAUGCUGGACUUACCAUUGUCCCUGGUUUUCUACAAAUGGAUGUUAGGACAAGAACACAGCCUUACAUCAGCUGAUCUACAGUUUAUAGAUCCUGUCAUUGCCAAGUCUUUCCAACAGUUAGAGGAUAUUCUCAGGCAAAAACACAGAAUACUUGCUGAUAAAUCACAUACUGAGGAGAGUCGCCAGUUAGCCCUGGAAAGUUUAAGUAUGGAUGGCUGUAGUAUAGAAGACCUAGAUAUUGACUUUACACUCCCAGGUUAUAGUCACAUAGAAUUGAAGAAAGGAGGCAAGGAUAUACCUGUCACAUUAGAUAACCUUGAGGAAUACUUGCAGUUGGUAGUCCAUUGGAGUUUAGUUGAAGGUGUGUCCAGACAGUUUGAAGCAUUUAGAGAAGGAUUUGAAUCUGUAUUUCAUAUGUCAUCACUACAGAGUUGUUAUCCUGAUGAGCUGGAGCAGUUAUUCUGUGGUAAUGUUACAGAACCCUGGGAUACAAAGAUGUUGUUAGAAUGUUGCCGACCAGAUCAUGGUUAUACACACGACAGUCGUGCUGUUAAAUCCUUGUUUGAGAAUCUGAGUUCAUAUGAUAUCAAUGAACAGAGGGAAUUUCUACAGUUUGUUACCGGGUCACCUCGUCUUCCAGUUGGAGGUUUUAGAAGUCUGAAUCCUCCAUUGACAAUAGUCAGAAAGACAUUUGAAACCAACGAUAAUCCAGACAGUUUUCUGCCUUCUGUGAUGACAUGUGUUAAUUAUCUCAAAUUACCCGACUAUUCAUCUGCACAAAUCAUGCGAGAAAAACUACAAAAAGCUGCAAAAGAAGGACAACUCUCAUUCCAUUUGUCAUAACAAAAAUGUGUUUGUGUGUGUGUGUGUGUGUGGAUUGUUCUCAGUAUGAGUCAAAUUGUGGUUGAUAUUUUCAUGGUGGGAAUUUUUUAAGAUAAUUAAUAUGCGGUCAAUUUAUUAAUGCUUUAAUUUAGUUUUGUUAAUUAGACAGAUUUGGUAGAUCUUGUCAUGAGAUGUUUUUUCUGUUGUUUGCAUUACUAGUCAUAUAUUGUUUAUAUUUUAUGUGUACUUUUGUUGAAGCAACCUUUGACUUUAAAAGUGAAUAAUGUGUGUGUCAACUUGUCCAUGUGAUUGAUUUCUUUGUUAGAUUAAUGUGGAGUAAAGCAUUGAUGCAAUAUAACAGUAUGAAAUAAUGUGAUAAUGAGAGAUCAUGGUUUCCUAUUAUGUUUUCAUUCUUUAUAUGUAUUUAAUUGGAUAAACGGUCAUUUCUGUAUGAUGACAUUGAUCUAUAAUCUCACGCUGUUACUUUUAAACAUGUUCUGUUUCAGGAAGGCACAUAGAAAUAUCUACCAGCAUUUGUUCUGAUAUAAUCUUGAUUCCAAAUACUUGUGAAUACUUUGAUAAAGGGAGGUCAUGUCUUCCAGCAUUUGUUAUGAUAUAGUAUUAAUUCUAAAUAAGGCUGUAUACUUUUUUAAAGGGAAUGCACAUAGAAAUAUCUUCCAGCAUUUGUUCUGAUAUAAUCUUGAUUCCAAAUAAGGGUGUAUGUAUAUUUUGGUAAAGGGAGGUUAGACAAAGAAAUAUCUUCCCGCAUUGAUAUCAUCUUGAUUCCAAAUAAGGGCGCAUAUUUUGGUAAAGGGAGGUUAGACAUGGAAAUAUCUUCCAGCAUUGACAUAAUCUUGAUUCCAAAUAAGGGCAUAUAUUUUGGUAAAGGGAGGUCAAUCUGAACAGCAGUAAUGUAUAUUUCAGUCACUUUCAUCAAUGUUUUUCAUAAUUACAAAUUACAUCAAUUAGCAAUGUGUAUAACCAACCUACACUGAAGGGAUAUAACUCUCCUUUAAUUACAAAUUACAUCAAUUAUCAAUGUGUAUAACCAACCUACACUGAAGGGAAAUAACUCUCCAAUAAUUACAAAUUACAUCAAUUAAUAAUGUGUAUUACCAACUCCACUGAAGGGAAAUAACUCUCCAAUAAUUACAAAUUACAUCCAUUAAUGAUGUGUAUAACCAACUUACACUGACAGGAAAUAACUCUCCAAUAAUUUCAAAUUACAUCCAUUAACAAUGUGUAUUGCCAACCAACACUGAAGGGAAAUAACUCUCCAAUAAUUUCAAAUUGCAUCCAUUAACAAUGUGUAUAACCAACCAACACUGAAGGGAAAUAACUCGUUAAAAAUUUGGCUCAGCGAGCGGAUCUAGUACAAAGCAGGGUUCAUAUAGCUAUCCCACUUAAAUGAUCUCGUCCUGAAUAUGCAUUUAAUUUCCACUGAAUGUUAACAGCCAUCCAUCAUCUAUCAAUUUAUUAAAAGUGCAUGCAAGGAUGGAAGCAGGGUUAUAAUUUAGAUUGAAAAAGCACUUGAUUAAUUGCAAAUUGAACUUUUUAGUUGUUGUUUACUUUUGAAAUUAAAAUAGAAUAGGGUUUUCCAAGUUUUAUCUUGCCACUUAUUGUGAAAAAACAGCUUAAAUUGUUUUAGACCUACUUGCAGGCUUCAGAUGAAAUUUUGAUAUCUUAUUAAAAUAUCCUUGUCCUUUCUAGAGAAUUUGGUGCAUUAAAGAUUGUAAACCAAUAUAUUUCACAUUGACGGUAACUGUUUUUAGGAUAAAUUUUGCUACUUAAAUUCUAAUCAUGAUUGGAAUCCAUUGUUUGUAUAAAUGGUCUUUUUACAUUAGUAACAUUUAUUACAUAGAUGUUACAUUUUACUAGAAGUAUUUUAUUAAAGUAGAAGUUUUAUUAAUAACCUCACAACAAUAAAUGGUCACACAUUUUAAAAUCAAGAUACAACAAUGAAAAGAACAUCCCACCUUGAAAAAUAACAAGAGACAGUAAAAACCAUACCAAUGUUUGAAGAAUAGGAAAAUGUUUUUUUUUUCACCCCCAUCAAAUCUUAUUGGUAUUUCUAUAAAUAUUUUGCAGGCCUUUGUAUUUUGUAUGUCUUUUUAUUGUGUUUUACGUAUAAAUCUAGUUUGGCCAAAUAAAAUGUUAUUUCUGCUUCACUUUACCAAAACCAACCAUUUUCUUAAGAGGUUGAUUCUUAUAUUUGUAUUGCUGCAGAUGAAGGAGAAACAAAAUACCGUAGUGACUGAGUACUUCACCUUGUUCAUUUAAAUUCCUGAUGGGAGUCUAUUUAAACUGUAUUCAUUUUUGUUGAGAUUAUACAGACGGCUGGUUCCCAAAACAUGAGUCCAAAUUUCCAGGCCAUCAUCAGAUUUAGUCCACUUAGCAGUGCCGAUUUACUUUAUGUAUUGAUUAUUUGGUUAGCAACUUGCAUAUGCAUGAAAUGUUUGCUUCUGUGGGUUUUUCAAAAAAAACAAAACAAUAAUUCAAUAGAUUUGUUUGGUCUUAUCAAUAUUUGAUACUGAAAUCCAUGAUGGUGCAUCCAUAAUUAAUAUUUGAUAUUGAAAAUCCAUGAUAUUUGGGCAUUACACCAGUUGGUUACACCCUUUGUUUACAGCAAAUUCCUUAUUGUAGGGAUCUGUCAUGCAUUUUAGAAGAGGGGAAACACAUCUUUGAGGAAAUAUGUUACUUUUAGAGAAUAGUGUGCUUUUAGAUUGUUUAUACUGAAAUUAAACACCAAAAAUCUUUAUACUGGUAAACACAGUUCAUGUAAAAAAAAAAUUUAAAUGCAGGCAUAUGACAAUAAUUUCUAUAUAUUUGUUUUGUAGGUAUAUAAAUGUAGAUGACAUUUAUAUUGUUAGUAUAAUACAUAGAAUUGACAUUUUGUUUUCUUUAUUUAUUUCAUAUUUUCAGUUUUGUGUUGACAUUUUAUUUUUUCAUCAGCAUCACCAUAUGUUCACAUGGCAUACAGUAAGUUAUGUUUACAUGCCAUACAGUAAGUUAUGUUUACAUGCCAUACAGUAAGUUAUGUUCACAUGGCAUACAGUAAGUUAUGUUCACAUGCCAUACAGUAAGUUAUGUUUACACAGAAUGUCUUUUCUUUUAAAGGUAAUUAUCAUGAUGAUUAUCCACUACCUUAAUUUCAUUCAAGUAACAAAUCAUUGGGCUCUAUAUCUGUAACGUGUUCAGUCAGUCCCACAGACAGUCAUAAAUGAAUAGGGCUAGUAAUCUUUAGUGAUGUAAUUUGUGCAAGAUAAAAACAAACCAGAGGUCAGUUAAUGACGAUUACAUCAUGAAUUAAAUGACCUUUAUAAAACUAACCAGAGGUCAUCUGGGGACAUUUACUUCAUGAAUAGAAUUAAUUUUUAUUUGUAGAAUUUCAUGAACAUAAGUUAAUGUAUUCCUGAACAUGCUGUAAUAUUGGCCAAUGGACAAUAGGCAACCAACAAUGAUUGUGCUUUGAAAAAGAACAGUCAGAUGCAAGAGUAGAAUUUGUGUGAUUUUAUACUGUAAUGUUUUUACAACACUUAUGUUAUUGAAUUAAAACUGUUACUUCCUGUACAGUAUAAUGUAAUAAUUUGUACUUUUUUGUUACCUAAUGAUCUAGAGAAGAUCUAUGUGUUGACCUUGAAUGAAUGACAUCAUAGUGUUGGCUGUAUUAAAAUACUUAUAUUUGACAGAGAAGAUCUAUAUGUUUACUGAGAAUGAAUGACUGUUGGCUGUAUUAUAAAACUUGUAUUUGACAGACCUAAAAAGUUUGAUGUUGAAAAAAACUUUGUACAGAAUAAAGUAUUCUACGAAUGCC